AUGGCCCCCUCAGCCUGGGCCAUCUGCUGCCUCCUGUGGGGCCUCCUGCUUCGCGGCGGCAGCCUCAGCCCUGGCCGCAGCGUGCCCCGCCUGCGGCUCUCCUACCGAGACCUCCUUUCUGCCAACCGCUCUGCUGUCUUUCUGGGUCCCCGGGGCUCCCUGGACCUUCGGGCCCUCUACCUGGACGAGUACCGGGACCGCCUGUUUCUGGGCGGCCGCGAUGCCAUCUACUCUUUGCGGCUGGACCAGGCAUGGCUGGAUCCCCGGGAGGUGCUGUGGCCACCGCAACCCGGACAAAGGGAGGAGUGUGUUCGCAAGGGAAGAGAUCCUUCGGUGGAAUGUGCCAACUUUGUGAGGGUGCUGCAGCCCCACAACCGGACCCACCUGCUGGCGUGUGGCACUGGUGCCUUCCAGCCAACCUGCGCCCUCAUUGCCGUUGGGCAUCGUGGAGAGCAUGUGCUCCGUCUGGAGCCCCGCAGUGUGGAAAGUGGGCGGGGGAGGUGCCCUCACGAGCCCAGCCGCCCCUUCGCCAGCACCUUUGUAGGAGGGGAGCUGUACACGGGCCUCAAUGCUGACUUCCUGGGGCGUGAAGCCAUGAUCUUCCGGAGUGGGGGUCCCCGACCGGCCUUGCGUUCUGACUCUGACCAGAACCUCCUGCACGAGCCCAGGUUUGUGAUGGCCACCCGGAUCCCUGACAACUCCGACCAGGACGAUGACAAGGUGUACUUCUUCUUCUCGGAGACAGUCCCUUCACCUGAUGGAGGCCCAGGCCGUGUCACUGUCAGCCGCGUGGGCCGCGUCUGCGUGAAUGACGCAGGCGGCCAGCGGGUGCUGGUGAGCAAGUGGAGCACCUUCCUCAAGGCCAGGCUGCUCUGCUCUGUGCCAGGCCCUGGAGGUGCCGAGACCCACUUUGACCAACUGGAGGACGUGUUCCUGCUGUGGCCCAAUGCAGGGAAGAGCCUGGAGGUGUACGCUCUGUUCAGCACGGUCAGUGCUGUGUUCCAGGGCUAUGCCGUCUGCGUGUACCACAUGGCUGAUAUCUGGGAGGUCUUCAAGGGGCCCUUUGCCCACCAAGAUGGUCCCCAGCACCAGUGGGGGGCCUAUGCGGGCAAGGUACCCUUUCCCCGUCCUGGUGUGUGCCCCAGCAAGAUGACCGCACAGCCAGGACGACCAUUUGGCAGCACCAAGGACUACCCGGAUGAGGUGCUGCAGUUUGCCCGAGCCCACCCACUCAUGUUCCGGCCCGUGCGUCCUCGGCAGGGUCGCCCCGUCCUCGUCAAAACUCACCCGGCCCAGCAGUUGCGUCAGAUCGUGGUGGACCGCGUGGAGGCAGAGGACGGGUCCUAUGACGUCAUCUUCCUGGGGACUGACUCAGGCUCCGUGCUCAAGGUCAUUGCCCUCCAGGUGGGGGGCCCUGAUGAACCUGAGGAGGUGGUUCUGGAGGAGCUCCAGGUGUUUAAGGUGCCAACACCCAUCACUGAGAUGGAGAUCUCCGUCAAAAGGCAAAUGCUGUACGUGGGCUCGAGGCUGGGCGUGGCCCGGUUGCAGCUGCACCAGUGUGAGACUUACGGCAGUGCCUGUGCAGAGUGCUGCCUGGCCCGGGACCCGUACUGUGCCUGGGAUGGUGCCUCCUGUACCCGCUACCGGCCCGGCACCAGCAAGCACCGGUUCCGCCGGCAGGACAUCCGGCAUGGCAACCCUGCCCUGCAGUGCCUGGGCCAGAGCCAGGAGGAGGAGACUGCGGGACUCGUGGUGACCACCACAAUCUAUGGCACAGAGCACAACAGCACCUUCCUGGAGUGCCUGCCCAAGUCCCCCCAGGCCGCUGUGCGCUGGUUCUUACAGAGGCCAAGGGACGAGAGGCCUGACCAGGUGAAGACAGAUGAGCGCGUCCUGCAAACGGAACAGGGGCUGCUGUUCCGCAGGCUCAACCGCCUGGAUGCGGGCACCUACACCUGCAUGACGCUGGAGCAUGGCUUCUCCCAGGUGGUGGUCCGCCUGGCUCUGGAGGUGAUCAUGGCUGCACAGCUUGACACUCUGUUCCCCUGGGAGCCGAGGCCAGAGGAGCCUGCAGUCCAAGGAGGCCCGGCCUCCACCCCCUCCAAGGCCUGGUAUAAGGACAUCCUGCAGCUCAUCGGCUUCGCCAACCUGCCCCGGGUGGAUGAGUACUGUGAGCGUUUGUGGUGCCCCUCCCGCAGCCGAGGCCGCAGCAAACAGGCCAAGGGCAAGAGCUGGGUGGGGCUGGAACUAGGCAAGAAGGUAAAGAGCCGGGUGCAAGCCGAGCGUAAUCGGACACCCCGGGAGGUGGAGACCACAUAG